GGGCGUGAGGUAGCCUGGGGGGCGGAGCAGAGGCGGGGCUCGCUGGCUCUUGAAGAGGAAGCUGGCGCGAUCUCCAGGGGAGAUCCGCGGGCAGUGUGGUAGAGGUUAUCUUCUCUCUUCUCUCCGAAUUUUUCCCUCCACCCGGUAGGGACGAGGUUUUGACAGUCAUGAGACCAGGCGAGGAGCUGCCCGGAGAGGGCGGCGGGGCCGUCCCGGAGCUGGAGCUUUUGAAGCGCCGCGCCGCCGAGUGCAUAGACGAGGCCGCCGAGCGACUGGGGGCCCUGAGCCGAGAGAUCUGGAGCGAGCCAGAGCUCGCCUACCAGGAGUACCAGGCCCACGGCACCCUGACCCGCUUCUUCGAGCAAGAGCCGCCAGCCAGCUUGUGGACCGUUCAGCCUCACUACAAGCUGGACACGGCCUUCAGGGCAGAAUGGGAGUCUCCGGCCUCGGGGUCUGGGCGCCCCGCGCCGCUGCAGCUGGGCUUUCUCUGCGAGUAUGACGCGCUGCCUGGCAUCGGGCACGCCUGCGGCCACAACCUGAUCGCCGAGGUGGGCGCAGCGGCCGCCCUGGGUCUGAAGGGGGCGCUGGAGAGCCACCCGAGCCGUCCGCCUGUGAAGAUCAUUGUCCUGGGCACUCCCGCAGAAGAAGAUGGAGGUGGCAAAAUUGACUUAAUUGAAGCUGGAGCUUUUAAAAACCUUGAUGUUGUUUUUAUGGCUCAUCCAUCACAAGAAAAUGCUGCUUACCUACCUGAUGUGGCUGAGCAUGAUGUGACUGUGAAAUACUAUGGAAAAGCUUCUCAUGCUGCUGCUUAUCCUUGGGAAGGUCUGAAUGCAUUAGAUGCUGCUGUUCUUGCUUACAACAAUCUGUCAGUUUUAAGACAACAAAUGAAACCCUCUUGGAGAGUUCAUGGUAUAAUUAAACAUGGUGGUGUGAAACCUAAUAUCAUUCCCUCAUACUCUGAAUUAGUCUAUUAUCUGCGUACACCCACAAUGAAAGAGCUUCCAAUUUUGACAAAAAAAGCAGAAGAUUGCUUUAAAGCUGCUGCUUUGGCUACAGGAUGCACAGUGGAAUUAAAAGGUGGAGUACAUGACUACUAUAAUGUUCUUCCUAAUAAGAGCCUCUGGAAAACUUACAUAGAAAAUGGAAAAAAGCUGGGAAUAGAAUUUAUUUCAGAAGAUUCCAUGUCAAAUUGUCCAUCAGGCUCCACUGACUUUGGAAAUGUUACUUUUGUGGUUCCUGGGAUUCACCCAUACUUUUAUAUUGGUUCUGAUGCACUGAAUCAUACUGAGCAAUAUACUGAAGCUGCAGGAUCCCAAGAAGCACAGUUCUACACUUUGCGUACUGCUAAGGCUCUGGCAAUGACAGCCCUGGAUGUGAUUUUCAAGCCAGGUUUGCUGGAAAGAGUCAGAGAGGACUUUAGACUUAGUCUUCAAGAAGAGGAGUUUUUGAAUGCUACAGAACAAAACCAAGACCUUAGCACAACUUGUGAAUCACGUUAAGAAUCAGUUCUUCCAAUAAUGAGGUAGGACAGGUUUUUUUUUUCUAGGAGCAAGUUUCUGGUACUUUGAAAUUGUGUGACACAAUAAGAGGGGGAAAUACAUUACCUCAUGUAAUCUAAAAUAAAUUUUCACAGAUCUAUAUUUCAUGAGAGUUUAAAUGUACUAGAAAUUGAUGUAGUUGGAACUUAGUUGUCUCAGUACUCAAUCCUCUAACACAAAACACAGAUGUAUUAUAUACAUAGCUGCCGAUCUAUAUAUGUGGUACCACAGAGGUUAAUGUUGAAAAGAAUAAGGUUCAAAAAUCCAAUGUUCAAUAGAAUUAACAUGGUUUUAGAAGCUGUAGGUACAAAGUAGUAAAGAUAUACUGUGAACAUGUUUUUAAAAAUAUGUGAAUAGCUUUUUGUAGGGUUAUUUAUUAGAGAUAUCUGAUGUACAUUAAUUCUGUGUGAAUAUUUUAAAAAGAAGUGAGAGGGAGAGGAGCCAGGCAAACUUGUAUGUGCUGGAAUUUUGUGAAUUGUUAGCCUUGAUAAUCUAUACUAUAUAUGAUAGUAUAGAUAAUUUGCAUAGCCAAUAUACAAUAGUACAUAGCCAAUGUACUUAGAGGGAAGCCUUCACCCAAAGGAAAAAAUACAUUAUUUUACUGUAUUCUCCAGGCACUAAUGAUAUUCCAGAACACCUCAUUCCCUUGCUGACUUUGUUCCUGCCAUCUUCCUUGCCAAGAAAGUUUCUCUUAUGAUAAAUGAAUUACUUGAGCCAAACCCCAUGUGGAACUGAAAUAUGCUGUCUUUCCAUGUGGAAACAAAUACUACCACGAACUUCGUGUUCUAGUUUAUAGGCAUGACUGGAACUCAUCUCUGUCUCCUAAUAUGAAAUUAGCAGACAAGAUCCCCCAUGCUGAAAGCUAAUCUCUUUGGAAUUUGGUUCCUGUGUCACAGUUCCUUAGUGACCUUCAUCCUAUAGGAUUUUUUUCAAAUCAAUCUUCAACCUUAUCCUCCCUGGUUGAUAGGUAGUCUUUAUUUUCAUGGUUUACCAUUUUGGAGGACAGAGGAUGGUAAAAAUUAAAUAAUCUGUGAGUAUUAUUUUUAGGCAAGAGUAAGUUUGGUGGGGGUGUAGAGGAUCUAUUUUUUUGGUGUGCUGAUUUUUUUCUUUGGCUUUUUGGGUAUAUUGUAUAUGCAUUUUUUUGGAAGGGGGAAAAUUAAGUGCCUUUUAAAAAUUAGUUUGAACAGUGACAUGACUUGAAAAAGAAUGUCAUUCUUAAUAAAUUUAGAGGACAUUCGUUAUGUGCCCUAUUUUAUAUACUGUAAUGACUUAAAGUCAGGGGAGUCCUGCAUUCAUGUGCUGCCUCUAACAAUGGUUUGGUCACCAAAGUCACAAGUCACUUAGCUUUUUCAUCUGUAAAGUAGUAGACAAAAAUCCCUGUUGUGCUAGAGGAUUGAAAAAUGACGUACAUAAAAAAUUUUGCAAAUAUACUUUCUCUCCUAUUAGACUAUAAGCUCUUUGAAGCCAGGAUUGUGACUUACUCAUUUUUGUUUCUACAUCACAGGGCCUUGUGCCAUGGGUGUUUGAUAAAUACUUGCUGAAAAAAUAUAGAAUCUCAGAAUUUGAUUUUAAAAGGACUGAAACUGGUCAUCUAGUGCAAUAUAUAAAUGAAAAGAAUCCUCGCUACAACAUUCCCAAGAAGUGGUUGUGUAGCCUUUUCUUAAAGACUUCUAAGGGGCGGCAGUCCUUUCUGCUUUUGUACUGCUCUGUCUGGUAAUUUUUCCUGACAUCAAGCCUAAUUUGGCUCUUUGCAAUUCUACCUUUUGUAACUCCCUUCUUUUUAAACCAAGGGAAUGAAAUAACCUUGGAGAUUACAAGGUAAAUUAUUAGGCUCUGAUGACAAAUUUUGUGGCUAUAGCAACAUAUACUUCUUGGAAAAGAGAAAUAGUAAAUUAUUUAUGGAGUAUUAUCUCUAAAGUGAGUGGGUCAAGGAAGAUUCUUAAUGAUUACUUUUCAUCAUAUGUGAGUGAUAGUCAAAUUUGGGGGGGAAAGUUAGAUGAAAUAGUGAUAAGUUUUGAAUUACAUAAUUUAAAAAGAAAUUCAGUUUUAUUAACUUCCCCAGACCUGCAGUUUUGGACACUGGAUAAUUGCAUUUCAGUGAGUAGAAUUACUUUAGUUAGCUACACUUAAGUCAGUUCAGUAAACAUUUAUUGCAAGUCUAUGUCAUAUUUAUAUACAGGCUGAAACUUUUCCCACAGCAAUUUAAGUUAGUUAAGCAUGACUUUAUAUAAUUUUUUUUAUUAUUUGCUUAAUAUACUUUUUCUAAGGAAUUACAUGUGUGAACUUUGGUUUAGCAUGCAUUUUGAAUUAGCUUGAAUUAUUUAGACCUAAUGUAAUUACAGACUCAAGUUCUUUUUGGAGAAAAACAAAAAAAAACAACAAACUAAGAUAUAUGGUGGGAUUAUUGAUUUGAAAACAAGUCCUAUGGCUCUGCAUAGAAUGUGUGAUGACAAAGUGUGUUUGUGUUGUUUGAACAACUUGAACUUCUUCUCUCCUUACCCCUCCUUAUUUCUGUAGCAUUUAUUUGUAAAAAAAGAAAAAAAAAGAUGGAUAUGAAUCACUAAUCAUUAUGGUAUUUCCAUGUUCCUUGGAAUAUAACAAUGAAUUCAAGCCAUGGCAUUUAUUUACAAUCCACAAAAAGGAUGGUAAUUAUUGUCGUUAUGGUAUUUCCAUGUUCCUUGGAAUAUAACAAUGAAUUCAAGCCAUGGUAUUUAUUCACAAUCCACAAAAAGAAUGUUAAUUCCUGACAAUCUCUUUUUGUAUUUUAACAAGAGUAAAUUCUUAUUGUUUAUUUCCACUACUUUUGGAAAUUUUAAAUAAAAUUCUAACGAAACAA